AUGGAUCCAGCGCGAGCAAUAGUAGUGUGCAUUCUUUGUUGUAUACUGAUGUGCAAUGGUAGCUUUGGGGAGGGUUUAGAUAUGAAGCAGAUUAAGGUAAUUAAGCUACCGACGAACGUAAGUAUUCCGGCACUGAUUAUGUUUGGAGAUUCAAUUGUUGAUACCGGCAACAACAACAACAACUUCCAAACAUUUGCUCGCUGCAAUUUUUUCCCCUAUGGCAGAGACUUCCCAGGUGGAGUUUCAACCGGACGAUACUCAAACGGAAAGGUUCCUGCUGACCUUUUAGUGGAAGCAUUUGGAAUCAAGGAGCUACUGCCAGCCUAUAAGGAUUCAUCCCUAGAGCCCAACGAUCUCCUUACCGGUGUUAACUUAGCUGCUGGAGGUGUAGGUUAUGACCCUUUAACAUCAAAACUCGCAGCAGUUGAAUUACUAUCCGAUCAGCUGGAACAGUUCAAAGGGUACAUAGACAGACUGAAAGGAAUUGUUGGAGAAAAGCGAACAAGCUUCAUCAUAUCAAAUAGUUUGAUUUUUGUGGUACUAGGAAGCAAUGACAUUUCCAAUACAUAUUUUGGUAGCCCUUUGAGGAGAUUGCAUUUUGAUGUUCCUUCUUACACCGACUUCAUUCUCAACCAGGCUUCCCAAUUCUUCAAGGAAUUGUAUCAGUUGGGGGCACGAAGAAUAGGAAUUUUAGGUGUACCACCUAUUGGGUGUGUGCCAUCUCAAAGAACAGUAGGAGGAGGCAUCAAAAGAGAUUGCGACGAGAAUCAAAACAAAGCAGCGGAGCUCUUCAACUCCAAAUUAUCUGCUGAGACGAAUCACCUCAGACAUACACUCCCCAGCUCAAAGUUCAUCUACCUGGACGUCUACAACCCACUACUUGAUAUCAUAACAAACCCUACUAAAUACGGGUUUGAAGUUGUGAACAAAGGGUGUUGUGGUACUGGCUUGAUCGAAGUAACAAAACUAUGCAAUCAAUAUCAGCGAACCUGUACGGACGACUCUAAGUAUGUCUUUUGGGAUAGUUACCAUCCGACAGAAAGAGCAUACAGGAUCAUUGUGCAGCGCAUUCUAACCAAAUAUGCAAGCAGCUUCUUUUGA